CUUAAGUUAUAAGUCAAGCCAGCUCAAGAGGAUGUGCAAUCUCAGAAGCUGCUUGCAGACUAAUUAGAAGAGGAAGACGAAGGACAUCAAACUUGGUUCUUCUUUGAAACAUGUGAGAGGAUGUAGCUUUAAAAAAAAUCUCUUCCUUGUCCUGUGCUUCAGUUGCCAAAUUCUAGUCCUUUUUGGAAAAGGUUGAAGGGUUUUGCGUAUAAAGAGGUGGAGUAUUUCACAUCCUCGGGCUCUUGUUUUGCCUGUGGAUAUUUCCUUCCUGCUAAUUGGCGCUCUCUGAUUGUUCCUAACUGACGACUUUGUGGAACAGGAGUUUUCCUCACCAACAAAUGCUGUUCUGAUAAACAGGUGCUUCUGUUCUCACUAACGCAAGGACAGGCACAUCUCAUUCUGGAAUUUUUCAUAAAAUUUCUGUCUGCAAACAUGAAACUCAAGAAGAAUGGAUCUUAUACACUGAACAGGAAAUCCAAGGGAAAACCAAAUGGUAAAAAGCCUGCACCAGAAGAAAAGAAACUCUACCUAGAGCCCGAAUAUACAAAGUCCAGGAUUACUGACUUUGAAUUCAAAGAAUUAGUCAUGUUACCACGUGAAAUAGAUCUUAAUGAGUGGCUAGCUAGCAACACAACAACUUUUUUUCAUCAUAUCAAUUUACAAUAUAGUACAAUCUCUGAAUUCUGUACAGGAGAGUCGUGUCAGACCAUGGCAGUGUGCAAUACACAAUACUACUGGUAUGAUGAACGGGGAAAGAAGAUCAAGUGUACUGCCCCUCAGUAUGUUGAUUUCGUCAUGAGUUCGGUACAGAAGCUUGUGACAGAUGAGGAUGUCUUUCCUACAAAAUACGGCAAGGAAUUCCCCAACUCCUUUGAGUCUCUAGUGAAGAAGAUUUGCAAGUACCUGUUUCAUGUGCUGGCCCACAUCUAUUCUUCCCACUUCAAGGAAACAUUGGCACUGGAGUUGCAUGGACAUUUGAACACACUCUACAUACACUUCAUCCUAUUCAUCAGGGAGUUCAACUUGGUGGACCCUAAAGAAACCACCAUCAUGGACGACCUCACAGAGGUCCUCUGUACCACCAGUGGCAGCGUCAGCAGUAAUGGAGGCGGCAAUGGUGGUGGCGGCGGCGGCAAUGGCAGCAGCAGCAGUGGGAGCAGUAGUAGCGCUGGAGCACAGAACCAUGUGAAAGAGAGAUGAGUCUUCCCAACAAGCGCAAAACUAAAUGCUAACACUUUUUUUUAAAAAAAAUACUCUAUAUUCUCUGUGUGUAUGUGUAUGUAUAUGUGCAUAUGUGUAUAUAUACAAACAUACACAGCCAUGACAGUUUAAGCAAUUCUGCUGCCACCACAGGACAUGUAGACAUACGGGACUGUACGGAGCUUUGAUUAAAUGCAUCAUCCUGGGCAAGAAGUUGCACCAAUUUUGUUUUAUUCCCUCCCUUGCUGCCUUUGUUCUCCUCCCCAUCAGAUGAAUGAUGAGUGCUGUUUUUAGAGAUGAACCACAUUUUUUUGAGUUGGGCUACUGCUUUUGAGGUUUUUGUUUUGUUUUGUUUUUUGUUCUGCCCCUCCCCUCCCCCUUGGGGGUGGGGGAAGCCCUUGAAUGCAAGCCCCUUUCUGUCUUUCUUCGUCUCUCUAGGAUGGUGGCACUGCCAUUUUAAAAUGUUAUGACUUGUAAAGAUGCUGUUUUGGGAGGGGUGGCAUUGAGAUUUAUUUGUUUUUACCUAAAUUGACACUCUCCUUCCCCUUCUCUCAGACCCUUUUGCAUCUAGCCCUUUGGGUGGCUUCUAAUGGGAAGAAGAGCUUCUUGUUCAACUAGAGUAGCAACAUGGCUUCCGACACACUUAAUGGAUGUGGCUCUCCAAAGUACCAGGCUUCCGCUUGUACUUUGUACACUUACUCUCCCUAGUUUCUCAACUCAGCCCUUGGCUCCUUCUUUCCCAGACACAAAUACCAGGAUUGAAAUAGUGAAGGGAUUGGAGUUCAGACGCAGUGAUAAAAGCCACAAUCAUUUAUUUUGCUUUGAGCAGGAGUGCAGGGGCAAGAUGGAAAGGGGCACACAGUCUAUCACUACCAGCACUAGAGAGAUGGCUGUUGGCAUAUAAUUAUAUUGUUGGCUUAUUUUAGUUCAUCUGUCCAAUAAUAAUAAAAAAAAUCUAUCAGGCAAA